AUGACGAAGAGGACAACAAAGAAGACGAAGGCAUCUAGGAAGACGAAGACAUCCAUGAAAGCGAAGCAUUCUAAGCAAGCGAACGAAGUCCACAAAACUAGUCAAUCGAAUCCUUCAGUGCAACCUGACAUUCGUGAAGAAGAAACCGAAGCAUCAGAAGCUGCGAAGAAUAAGCAACUCUUCAAUGCUGUGUUCCACCAUGGAGGGGAAUUUGUUAGCAUAAAUGACGGGGUUAUGAUCUAUAGGGGUGGUGUCACUACUUUAGUUACUAACAUCCACAUAUCUACGUUUACAAUGGUUAGUGUUCAUAGGAUGUUGAUUGGGUGGGGCUAUAAGGAAGGGUCAUAUAGGGCAUGGACCAAGGUUGUUGAAAUUGAUCCAAAUCUUUUCCAGAUAAAGAGGGACGGUGAUUGUUAUGACUUUGCAGCAUAUGCUAGUACCAAUGAGGUUGAUGGGGAAAUGUUUUUGGAGCCUGAUGUAAUACAUGUGUCUGUGUCAGUGAGAAAUAUUAAUGUCACCAUACCUGUUAAUGAAGCACCAUCACUAUCUGGAUUUAUGAGAGCUUCUAAAAAUACAAAAUUGGAAGGUGAUGAUGUGUAUGUCAGUGAUGACUUGGAUAGCUUUGAUCCUGAUAUGUCAGAUGAUGAGAAGAUGCCAAAGUUUGAAAAGUUUAGGAAAGAGCAUUUCAACAAGAAUUAUAAAUUUCAGUGGGGUAUGGAAUUCAAUUCACUUGAUGACUUUAGAGAGGCAAUACGUGAGUGGUCGGUUUUGAAUGGUAGAGAAAUUACCUUUGUGAAUAAUGAGAGCUACAGGGUAAGGGUAGAAUGUAUGGCCAAAUGUGGUUUUUUAGUACUUUGCUCUAAAGUGGGCCACAAACACACUUAUGCUAUAAAAACCAUAAUGGACAAACAUACAUGUGCUAGGGUUUUAGAAAAUAGAUCUGCAAGCUCUAGUUGGGUGGCUAAGGCUGUGGUAAAGAAGAUGCAAACAUCUGACAAUGUAAGGAUCUGUGAUAUAAUACAAGAUAUGAGGCAGAAUUUCUCUAUUGGAAUUACUGUGGGUAGGGCAUGGAAGGCUAAGCUUAUAGCAAAGAGGAUUAUAGAAGGUGAUGCUGACAAACAAUAUGCUAACUUGAGAAGGUAUGAAGUUGAGUUACAUAGAGUUAAUCCAGGAAACAAUUUGAGCAUCACUGUUAGCAGGCCUAAUCCUUCUAUACAACCCAGAUUUGGAUCUUUCUAUUUUUGCUUUGAUGGUUGCAAAAAAGGUUUUAUUAAUGGUUGUAGACCAUUUGUUGGAGUGGAUGGUUGUCAUCUGAAAACAAAAUAUGGGGGCCAAUUACUUAUUGUUGUAGGUAGGGACCCCAAUGACCAAUACUUUCCUCUAGCAUUUGGGGUGGUUGAGACAGAAACUAGGGACAUUUGGAAGUGGUUUAUUGACUUGCUUUUAGAAGACAUUGGACAAGAUAAGAGAUUUGUGUUUAUCUCAAAUCAACAGAAGGGUUUAGUUUCUGUUUUUGAAGAAAUGAGUGACAGGAUAGAGCAUAGGCUCUGUCUAAGGCACUUGGAUCUCAUGGUGGGUGCUGCAAAGGCAAUAUAUUAUCAGGGUUGGUUGACCAAGAUGAAUCAAUUGAAGCAAGUUGACUUAAAGGCAUGGGCUUGGCUGAUGGGUGUUAAUCCAAAAAGUUGGUGUAAGCAUGCUUUUACAUUUUAUCCAAAGUGUGAUGUUCUCAUGAAUAAUAUUGAUGAGUCAUUCAAUGCAACAAUUCUAGCUACUAGGGACAAACCAAUUUUGACAAUGUCAGAGUGGAUUAGAAAAUACUUAAUGAAUAUGUGCUCCACUUCUGCAUUGAAACUUGAAAAAUGGCCCCAUAAGGUGAUGCCAAUCUGUAGGAAAAGGCUAGAUAAUGAGGUUGUGAUGAGUGACCAAUGGCUGCCUACAUGGGCAAUGAAUGAACAAUUUCAAGUAACACACUCAUUUAACACUCAGGAAUUUAUAGUUGACAUUGCAAAAAGGUCAUGUACCUGUAAUUUCUGGGAAUUGGUUGGCAUCCCCUGCAGGCAUGCUGUUGCAGCAUUAGGUUUUAGGCAACAAAACCCUGAGGACUUUGUUGAUGACUGUUAUUCUAGGGACACGUAUAAGCUUUGUUAUGGUUUUCCUAUUAGUCCAAUUAAUGGCCAAGAAAUGUGGCCUGAAUUUGGUCAUAAUGUCCAAUCAUACAAAAGUACAACUCAAGAUCCAAAUGGACUCAAAAGAAAGAAAAAAGUAAAGACACAGCCAACUCCAACACCAGCUGGUGAAGAUGACACAAAUCCAACACCAUCUACUGAGGAUCCUGUUAAUCCAACUGAUGCAGGUGGUACAAGUCAAAUUGACCCUACUCAGCCAAAUGAUGCUACAGAUGAAACUGAUUAUUUUGAUGGCAUUUCUGAUGACAUUAUUUCAACACUACCUGACAUCUCCACUUCUGCAGUAGAGUGCACAAGCAAAACAUUGAAGAAGAAGGGGAAAGAAGUGAAUCCAAUGAAAAGGACGUCAAGUGAGAGGAUAAAGAUCAACUGGUUUAAAAAACCUAAACCAUUCAAUGGCUUUGGUUCCAACUCAGAGCAACCAAUGCAACUGACUGGUGAUGAAGAAGGUGGCACUUUGACACAAGAGGGAACUGGAAGUCAACCUGCCAAGAAGAAACUUAAGAAGAAGUAG